AUGCCGCUUCCAGAGCCGAAACCAAAGCCAACAUGUCUAAAGUGAUUUUUUUUUUCUAUGAAGUUUUUAAGUUGGAUAUUUUGUAACUAUGGACUUGAAUAUUUAUGAAAUUACCUCGUUUAAGGUCUUUCAACUAUUACUAUCGGGUGACCGGCGAAGAAGCAGAACGUUUGAUGAACGAGUACGGAAACGAUGGAGAAUUUUUGGCGCGUUACAGUGAGUCGCAGUCGAGCAACUUCUCUCUAACUACCAAGUACGUUAAAUUCGUUCUUUUCCCCUGCAUUCCUUUUCUUUAAAUUUAACGUGAAAAUAGUCACGAAAAGAGAGUCGAAAGACGUUGUUGCUUUCAAAGUCAUCACAAAGUUUUUAGGAGAGAUGGGCGUCCGAUGCACAUAAAAAUCCAGAAGACGGACGACGACCUUCUCUCCGUUUAUGGAACGACAGAAGGCGAAUCGUUCUCGACGAUGGUCGAACUCCUUGAGUACUACAUCGAGUACCCGGACCGGCUGAUUCAGAAAAACGGCAACGUCGUCUGCAUCAAGUUUUUGUGGCCCAGUCAAUGAAAGAAAAAGAUCCUUGUUGAGUAAGCCGAUCUACAUCCCCUUCGAGCUGGAGAAGGCGGCUUAUGAACAGCGCGUGACUCAGGUGCAGCGCUGGUUCCACGGCAACAUGACCGCCUCCGAGGCCAUUUCGAUCCUCGAGAAGGAGAAGACCGGCUCUUUUCUUGUCAGGUGCCGUUUGGAACUUUUUCGACCAUUCCCAGCACCUCAAAUAUUUUGCUCGAAGAUCAUUUCCUUUUACAGGAAUAGCCAACAUUUGCCUGGAGCUUUCGUUAUUUCUGCAAAAAGCGAAUCGAGUGUUGUUCAUCUCACUGCCGCCCAAAAUCCUCAGGUUUCCACAUUAUAAACGCUUCAUGAAAUUGAAUAAUUGGAAAAUGUAGAAAUGAAAUUUACACUUUCCAUAGCACACUGGAUUUCGAUACGUUUUCUUUUCUGCAAUCUUCACUGGAGCAUGAAUAAAUAUGUGUUUUCUUCUUCUUUUUUUCACUUCAAAUGCAGUUCGUGGAACUUUAAAGGUUUCUUAUUGUCUCCACGAUUCUUGUGUUAGUCAAAACAUUUCUUAAUGUACCAGGUGAAUAUUCUGAAAAUGUCAACCUGAAUGAAUUCCAAUUUUUUAAGAAAAAGGACACCUUGAAGUCAAAGAAAAUACUAAAAAUCCGUAAAGCAGGCCAUUUUAAGGUUUUGGGCUCUUAUUUCUGAAGAGUUGUGCAGAUUGAGACUCUCAGAUCUUUUUUGUGGUCUAUCAAGGAGUGUUCUCACCAAUUUUGAUGCCUUGUUCAAGUAAAUGCAAAAUGGCCUCUGACUCUCUGAAAUUUAGUUAUCUUUUUCUUUUUCUGACGACUAAUUUUAAUUUCGCGGAAUCGGUUCAAACUCGGCAUAAGGAAUUCCCCCCCUCGCAAAGUAAAAUGACCUCUCAUGUCAGAUUCUUCCGAAAACUUGAUGUAGACCUUCUAAGUAUGCAGAAAUUCGGAAAAAUUCUAACCUACAUUGAAAUUACGUCAAGAAAAAGAAGUUUACAACUUUUGAUGGUCAGACUGGGACCUACACUAUUGACGGGGACACGGCCGAGUACAAGGAAAUUUCCCUGCUUCUUGCUGCAUACAACAACAAUCCGAUAGUCGAGAAGGCGCAGGCCAGUCGUGUCGUCUACUUGGAGCACGUUUGUCUCGAAAGUAUUCCUUCAUUCACUGUCUUUUCAGCCUGUAACUGGCACUUACGUUCCGGCCGACGUCAUCGCGGAUCGCACUGAAAUUCUGAAGGUGCCCAUCGAGCAGGGGAACCUCCAAAGAACUGGAAUGACAGAGGAAUACGAGGUGCGUUUUUGGUUUUUCUCAAUAAUAUCUCAAGAAUUUUUCGCCUGAGGGAAGUAAUAAAAAGGGAUAUUAUUACAUGUUCACACAGAAGAGGAAUAAGGGAGAUAAAUGAAGGAAAUGUCGUAUCUCUGAUUUUCGCUCUGAUCGAGCUUUUGCAGAAGUUGCAAGCCGAACAAGGGCCAGCCGAGCAAAUGUUCACGAAAAGAGAAGGCCGUCGAGAAGUUAACAUCGGCAAAAACCGUUACAAGAAUAUUGUGCCUUUCGACCACUCUCGGUUUUUUUUUCUUUUGAUUGUUUUGAUGUUUUUUUUCCCGUUUCAGAGUUGUCCUGAAAGCUACCGGCAUGAACUACAUCAAUGCCAGCUACGUUAGAGUGAGCUCAUUUUUUUUUUGAAUUUUGAAAUGGGCGUAUGUUUUUUUUUUCUUUGAACUUUUCUUUGCAUGUUACUUUUUAAAAACUCUUUUUUUUCCACUAAAUCUUCUUAUUGAUUUUCUCAUCUUGCGUGGCUUUUUCUUGUGUCAAAAACUUCAAUAUGCUUCAAAUUAGAGCCGGUGGGCUGGGGAGAAAAAUGUUCUACUUCUUUUGAAGUUCCACUGGUCAAUCGGCGCAUCCACAAAAUCAAUUAACAAAUUUCACUCUCAAAUUCAAACUCGGAAUAUGCUUACGUAAAAUCAAUCAAUACCAUACAGAGGCUAACUUUCUGGAAUUUCAAUACUAUCUGUGCCUUCGAUACUAAUUAUAUAUUACUUGCCAAGGUUAUUUAUGAUUUGGAAGUCGUGUCUCUUAUCCUGUGUCUAAUGGUGUGAAUACCUCGUUUGAUCUUUGGCUCAAAAAAUGCUCUUUCUGUAGAAAAAAAGUUUUCACGCGACGCAACUAAGAACUACACGAAUCUAUAAUGAAUUUUAUGCCUUUUCACUCUGAUGAACUUAAAAGGAAGAAUGCUUUAGUUCCUGCACCCGGAUCCGCCACUAACGCUGCGCGAAUGCCGCAACUACAUCGCGACGCAAGGAUGUCUAGAGGCGACUAUCAACGACUUCUGGCAGAUGGUCUGGCAGGAGAAUUCGCGAGUGAUUGUGAUGCCGACGCGUGAAAACGAGCGCAGGGUUUUGCCUUUUUGCCGAGUUCUGAACCUCCAACUCGAGUCUAGGAAAAGUGCUGCCGAUACUGGCCUGAGUUCAAGAACACCCUGACCUUCGGACAGUACGAGGUGACGACGUUGGCCGAAAAUCCUGUGAUGAAGGAGAUUCCUGAAGAUCUUCUUGCCGUCGUCGAACACUACGAGGACAAGGAAGUUUCCUACAUUGAGAGGCGGUUCCUCAUCAAAAAAGCUGGUUUGUAUAGAUAUGUUUUCUUAAAGUGAAAGCUAGAUAAUUAUACGCGAAUCUCAAAGUUUUUUGAAUGUUUUCUUGAACAAAUCUCUUCGAUUUACCAUGAAUAAAGUUAAUGAUAGUCAUAUUCUGCACCUUCCUAGUUUCCAGGAAGGGACUUCUCAAAGCUCUGUUUACUUGUUCAGUUUUCGGGAAAUCGGGUUCCAAGUCCUGGUCUUCAAAAUUCAAGAAUUCCUAAAUUUGAGGUUUCCCGGAACCAGUAGCUGAAUUCCUUAGCUUUACUUUUCUUUGUGUUUCGGAGGGUUUUGGAAAAAUCAGCAUUAAGCACAAGUUAUCCGUUUUUUCGUCUAUAUAUUCGAAUCGUUGAAACUAGUUUUUACUACUUCCACUACUACAUUCUUGAAUCUGAAAAUCAUUUUUUCUCGUUGUCUCGAUAAAUUUCCGUAAGUCACUCCAUACAGAAAAUUUUAAGGUCUGUACUUGCCCAUGUAUGAUUCUGAUUUAACGAGUUUUUGAUACUAGGUUCGGCCCUAAAUAUUUAGGUGUUAGUAUAGAUUAUACCGCGAACAUUGUUUUCGAAAAAAUUCGCCCAAAUCCUCCUAAAACGAAAGCGAAAAGAAUAAUUUUCUGCUUUCUCUGCAGUCUGUUCAGUGCGAUAAAGUCAGUUUUUCAAGGCGAAGAGCCGCGCAAAAUCUACCACAUGCAGUUUGUGAGCUGGCCCGACCAUGGAUGUCCGUUUCAUCCACACGAAGUGAUCACUUUCCUGGAGGCCGUCGACGAAGUUCAUUUGCUCGGCGCUCGCGAUGAUCCGCAGCAAGGGCCAGUCAUCGUCCACUGCAGGUUGGUCCGGCGAAGUUUCCGUACAAAAAGAUCCUCCAAUGUUCAUAGGCUCAGAGCUAAUUUCAAGGUUAUAGUCUUAUGAGAGGAUUUUUCAACACGAUGUGGAAGAAAAAGGCGGACUAAAAGAAUGAUUCAGAUACAAUGAUGCUGCAUAAAUGCUCUCGAAUUAUUAUAAAUGAAACGUCUGAACUAUCGAAAUAGUGAUAUGGUCAUUCAUUAAUAUAAAAUGCAUAUGAGAGCACCCAUUUAACAGUUCUUCUCUAAACCUUUAUAUCAAAAACAAAGAACAGCUGUUAGAUUUAUUCGAUUGUUUUGAUUUUUUUCAUUCUUUGUACUUGCGGUUCAGAUUGCGGAAUGGCGAAUAAAAAAAUUGAAAUUAAAAAGGAAAAACUCACUUCCCUUGAGCCUUUAUAAAACUAGCACGAACGUUAAAACUCAUUUUCCAGAUCUUGAUGUCAAAUUCAAUAUUUAAAAAAAAAUCAUCACCUAAGUUUACGAUUAAAAAGAAGACUUCAUUUUUUGUUUUAAUAAAUUAUAUUGUAAUAAAAAAAUUUCAUGAAUAGUCAGGAUGUCAGAAGAUCUGAAACCAUCCGUUUUUGCAGCGCCGGCAUCGGCAGAACAGGGACCUUCAUGAUCCUCGACGUGCUUCUGACUCAGAUCAAAACGCGUGGUCGUGACUGUCCCAUCGACGUGUGGAGGACUGCAAGACACGCCAGAAACUACCGCGGCGGCCUCGUGCAGACCGAUCAGCAAUACGGCUUCUUGUACUCGGCUCUCUCCUACUACAUCCAGAAGCACAAUAAGGUGAGUUUUGUUCUGAAAAGCAUAAAAUAUACUAGAGCCUUUUUUCAUGCUCAGUUUAUUUUAAUCUGUUGGGGUCUGAUCUAAUGAAAGGAAAACCUUGCCGUAAAAAUUAUAAAAAACCCGCUCUGAAAAAGAUCGUCUUAAAAGAAAGUUAGUGGCGGAUGCUUGCAGAAUACCGUAGUUCGGAUAAUCGAGCGAGGCGGGAAAACGGCGUCGUCGACGUUGCCGCUGGCACCAAUGCCGCCACCGCCGCCGAUCCGAAUGCCAGAUCCUGCGAUGGCCUACAUCGGACCCUCGGUUCCAUCGGCUGCGCUUUCUCCACGAAGCGUUCCGCAGCCGAGCCGCAGCAACGGAAGUCAGCUGACCGUUCUUCCCGGAACUCGGGGUCUCCUUCGAUCCUCUCAAAAGUCUCCUAAUGCGGCACCUCCCGUUCUUCCCAAAAAGAAAUAG